CUCGACUAACACCUCCGCUCUGCGUGCAGCCUAGUUUCCUGCGAUGGACUUUCUUCCAUAUCCUGAUGACCCUGCGCAAGCGGGCAUCGAGGUUCCGUUUUUCUGCACUGACGCGAACUUGGCACGAUAUGUGCCUCCAGAAGCCUUUUCUGUUGACUUCCCGUCUUCCAUCAUUGAUUAUUUGUUUUUGAAAAUGGCUGAAUCAAACGAUAUGCUCGAGAUUGCUGUGCUUGCGCAGGCAGGCAUCUACCUACGCGUUCUUCGCGAGCUCGUCGGUGAGAGCUUUGACGUUCGCGACUUCGUCACCACUGGCACCUUGGACCCUGGAUUACGAGUCAUCACACUGAGGAGGUUGAAUGAAUCUUGCGGCUGGAGCAAGAAGUGGUUAUUCGACAGGGAUAAGGUAUUUCAGCAGCUUCUUCAGGACCUGUUUCGCGGAAAUCAACACGCUACGUCCGCGUUUUUCCAAUGUGUGGCCCUGCUUGAGACGUUCGAGCCGCCCUGCUGGACUAUCGGUUUCUCGAUUUGGGCGCUUCUAUGGUCAGUAUCCCCUCGAAGAACGUCGCGAUUCUAUGAAUUCCGUCGACGUACGGGGGCUCAAUGGCCGGAGCAUCGACUGAUAGGGGCUGGUUGGUGCCCGUACUGGACACGUGUCUACGCUCAAAAGCUCUCACCCAUUCAGCUGUACUACAUGUCUGGUAUACCGCAUGUACGUCACGCUGGCCACGGUGAAUGUCCACCCGCCGGGCCCUGCACAGUCUACGACGUCGAAUAUGCGACCUAUCAGACAAAGCAUGCAACGAGCUGCAGUAAGACAGAUUGUGCUUUUCGCGGCGUUGAUGGCAGGCGACUUGAUGAUUUAUCUUCGAUAAUCUCUCGGGGCGGCAUUCCACUUAUUCGACUACGGCCGAGAGACGACAGCCCGAGCGCUCAUAUUGACAUUGAAGUCGUAGAGCAUGCUUAUGGCAAACCAUAUAUCGCCAUCUCUCAUGUGUGGUCUGGUGGUCUUGGCAAUUUCUCGGAAAAUACGCUUCCGCAGUGCCAGCUAGACUUCCUCUAUCGGAGCGCUCGUUCCUGCAGGCAGAAAUUGUAUGGAGCAAAGGCCAACAAGCACGACAUAUCUUAUGGCAAUCGCGAUGGUGGUAGAGAUCUAACGGAAACCACUGACUGGCUCGAAGGCGAUAUAUCACUGCUUCCCCUCUACUAUGGUUUAAAAGGCUGGUUCUGGCUUCAAAAUGCAUUAGAGCGUGUCGUUCUCGGUGCCACUGGCGAAGACACGUCUACAAUAUACCUGUGGAUAGACACACUAUGCAUUCCAGCCAACCCAGCGCCGGACGAAAAACGUCUUCAAAGGAAGGCAAUCGACAGCAUGGCUCUAGUAUACUCCAUGGCAAUGCAAGUCUUGGUAAUCGAUCAGUCAGUCAGAGAGCUCUCAGUACAGACAGAAACUGGGCUCUCACUUGCAGCAGAGCUAAUGAGCUGUCCGUGGAUGACACGCAGUUGGACGUACCAGGAAGGCUCGCUGUCACGCCAGACAACUUUCCUCUUGAUGGAUGGGUGGGUCAACCCGAAACACCUGUCAUUGCUCAACGCCGGUGGUGUUGUUCGGAAGCCGCCACGGACCUUCGUCAAAGCUCUCAUGAGAGAAUUUCUUGAUGGACUCAAUGAUAUGCCAGACUUACUAAACAGAAGCGUCCAUGGCUCAUCGCCACAGGAACCGGCACUCUUUGUCCAGAUAUGGAAUGAUCUCGCGUCCAGAAGGACAAGCAUACCGGAUGAUUUGCACGGUCUCCUCGCCGUCCUGCUCGGUUUAAGCGCACAAGAAAUUCUUGAUCCGCAAAUGCGAUCACACAAGUCAGACGCCGGCGAAGAUAAGAGGGUGCCGGCAUACGACGACCAAAAAACACGAAGCUCGGCUGAGCGGAUGCUGGCAGUGUAUCUGUCACAAGCAUCCUUGCCGUUGUCAAUGAUAUUCACGUCUUUUCCUCCAAAUACGCCAAUGUGUAACAAUAAUGACUGGAUGCCUCGAUUCCCAACUGGAUCAUUGGAUCUAGAGUUCGGGACCAUGAGAUGGGACUGCAGCGGACUGGAUAAGAUCGGUGGACUGAGUUUUUCCCUACGAAAUUCUAAUCUGGAGGCGGUGAUGACACAGUCCAGCGUAGAAACUCUGAACGGAACAAUUUUCUCAAGCCCGAGCCUUUUGCGCACGACACAUUUGCCUAACAAUGAGAAAGGUGUCAACACGAUAUCUGUCUUCUUGAACCCCAAUUCGUUGGAAAAUUUACGUCGCGUGCCAGCAGGAUCUACACUUUGUAUUCUUAUACACGCACGAACAAACCUCGGGGCGUGCUGCUUUCUAUCUGAUAAGGAAAACGAUGUAGAUGCUCGAAUGCGGUUAAAUUUCAUCUGCCCGUUGACAUGGGAAUUGCAAUCUACCACCAGAGGUAUCCAAUCGAACGCUGGCGGAGAUAUUGUGGAUUUGGAACCUGGGAGCAUUAUCACCGACCGUAUCUGCGUUUUAAGUUGUGGUAAGGCUUCUGCCGGCUUCGUCUAGGCCGCCGCUAACUCGCAACCUUAGAUACUCCAGAUGGACUGAAGCCAAGAUACAGGAGACCAAUUGCUGAAAGCCUGCAAGGUAGUCUACGAAUCCCAA